GUCCAAUUCUCCGCAUUCUUCUGCUAUGAGCUGUGGAUGGGGUGGAGAUGGGGAUGGAGUAUAAAUAUCCCGUCUUCAGUGGAGAAAAAGUACGGGCUGGUUCAUCUAGGACUUACUGUUCACUACAGUACAUCAACUUCUCGGUUCAGUCUCUGAAACCAGUGCAAGGACUAAAAACAUCAUGCCUUUCGCCUUCAACCCAUACAAAAACCUCUGCACCGUCGGCCGCUUCCCGGCCAUCAAACUGCGAGGCGACGACUGCUGGAAGACAACAUGCCACCCAUCGGCUCAAUAUUAUCCUCACUUUAACCAAUAUGUGGACUAUCCUUACACUAAAAGUUAUGUUAACCCUUGUGUGAACCCCUGCUCCGACCUCUAUCCUUACGCUCACCCUUACUCUUACUCUUACGCUAACCCCUGUGCCACUCCAUACUACAACCCUUGCGCUACUCCAUACUACAGUCCUUACGUUAACCCCUGUGCUACUCCCUACCCCAAUCCUUGCAAGUAUGUCGCUCCAUGCCAUGAAUAUGAGACUAAGGAAGUUGUCGUCAAGAAGUCCGUGGAAGAUUGCACAGUCAAGCGAGUCUGUGGAACUGAAGAAACCAUCCUCCGGGUGAGUAAAGUCGACCUCAUCAAGUGCAGGACCGGACAGAAUCGUCUGGAGCAUCACACGCAAUGCUUCUCAGAUGAUCACCUCAUCGUCCGCAGAGGACAGUACUUCAAUAUGUGGGUUGAUCUGUGCCGUCCUUUCAAUCCCAGCUGUGACAAACUCCACCUGGAGCUGAAACUAGGUCAUAUCGCAUCCGUCCGAGACGGCACUCAUGUGGUCGUUUCAGUUGUGGACGAGUUCAAGAAAGACUGCUGGGGGGCAAAGAUUGUUGAAAGAAGCCAAAACCGACUCAAACUGUGUGUGCAGUCUGUCCCGACUGCUUGCGUUGGCCGAUACCAACUCAGUGUCGUGACUCACUGUACAGGAGGAAGAUUCGCUUUACCAUAUGUUCCUGAAAAUGACAUUUUCAUGCUGUUCAACCCCUGGUGCAAAGAUGACUCUGUGUACCUGCAAGAAGAGGCGGAGAGAGUCGAGUAUGUGCUGAACGACAUGGGCCGAAUCUACUAUGGUACUAAACAGCAGAUUGGCAGCAGGACAUGGAACUUUGGUCAAUUUGAGGAGGGAGUCUUGGCUGCUUGUAUGUUUGUGCUGGAGAAGAGUUCUACCCCUUGCUCAGGAUGGAGAAACCCCAUCAACAUCUCCAGAGUGGUGUCGGACAUGGUUAUUGCCAACAAAGACUGUGGCGUGUUGGUGGGUAACUGGUCCAACUGCUAUGGAGACGGAAUUGCUCCAACAUCCUGGUGCAGCAGCAGUGCCAUCCUGAAACAGUUCCACAAAUGUGGAGGAGUACCUGUCAAAUACGGACAGAGCUUGGCCUUCGCUGGAGUCACCAACACACUGUUGAGAUGUUUGGGCAUCCCCGUCCGUCCGGUCACAAACUUCGGUUCUGCUCAUGACACUGACGUUUGUUUGACAAGGGACGUCUAUUUUGAUGAGAAAUUUCAGCUGCUUGAUGACAUGAACCGUGAUUCAAUCUGGAACUACCACGUGUGGAAUGAGGCCUGGAUGGCUCGUCCCGACCUGCCAUCUGGUUUUGGAGGUUGGCAGGUGGUUGAUGCCACUCCUCAGAUGACCAGCCAGGGCUUCUUCCGCUGCGGCCCAACAUCUGUUGCUGCGAUCCGCAGUGGACAGACCUUCCUGAAGCAUGACGUGCCCUUCCUUUUCGCAGAAGUGAACAGUGAUAAAGUUUACUGGCAGAGGAAAUGCGAUGGAACAUUUGGUGUCGUCCACGUUGAGAAGGAUGUAGUCGGUCACUGCAUCAGCACCAAGGCCGUCGGCUCAGAUCAGCGUGUGGAUAUCACAAACCUCUACAAAUACCCACUGGGUUCUACUGAGAGUUGUGCUGCUUUGGAGACAGCCGUUCGUCACGGCUCCAGGAGAUGCACGUACCCACUGCCCUGCCCUGAGGAUGUCGUCUGUGAAGUCAGCCUGAAGGAUGAAGCAGUGUGUGUGGGAAGAGACGCCGUGCUUUCCAUCAAUCUAAAGAACAAAUGCAGCUCACCUCGUAGCGUCACCCUCCACAGCCAUGCGGCAGCCAUGUACUACACCGGAGUCAGGAAGACCUUCCUGAAGAGAGACCAGACCUGCAUCGAGCUCAAGCCCUCUGAAUGCAAACCUAUGGAAUGGACCCUGAGUUAUGACGAGUAUAAGGAGCACCUGGUGGAUCACGCCCCACUGAUGCUCAACCUCUUUGGACACGUCGCUCAGACUAAGCAGAUUCUGGCCACCCAGUACAGCUUCAGACUGCGCACUCCAGAUCUGGUCCUCGCUCCUGUAUGUGAUGCUGUCCUGGGUCAAGAAGUGGCGGUCAAAAUCACCUUCCAGAAUCCACUGGCUUGUGUCCUGAGGAACCCUGUAUUCCGCUUUGUGGGACUCGGACUGAAGCAACCCAGAAUUGUGAACUAUGGUGACAUUGCCGGACAUGCCACUGUGGUCCUGACGGAGAAGUUUGUUCCCAGGUGUCACGGACCCCACAAACUUCUGGCCUCAUUCGACUGUCCUCAGCUCACUCAGGUCCAUGGAUUCACCAACCUUGUGGUCAAACAGGCCUGAUUAACCAAUCGAAUCACCGGCACGGCUCCACUCAAUAGAAAGCAGAAUUGAAUAGCAUGUAUUAGUUUCACUUUACCUACAAUCUGUAAACCUUAAACCGCUGAUGAUGCAUUUAAUCACGGUCUCCUUAUCUUAAUCACAUUUUACUCUUCUACUUAGUAGUAUUUUCAGAGAUGGAAUUUAUGGGCUUUACCUAGUUAAUCAUUGAUCAUAAUCAAGUCUUAUUUUUCCUUUUCAUUUUUGAUUGUUUGUUUUUUCCUCAUUCUUUUGAAAACUCAAAUAAUUGUUUCAUGGUUACUCUGUCCUGUGUAGCUUCAGCAUCAAAUAAAAUCUUCCCAACAUACUAAACUGUCUGUGUCUGUGUCCAUUUGUGAUGAGGCUUUAUUCCUCUUGUCAUUUUAAAAAAAGUAAUACAUUCUUGACUGAUAUAUAUAUAUAUUCACAUAAAUCCAGACUUUUUUGACAGUUUGAUAGUUGAAUUGACAGUUCGCAGGUAUUAAAAGUCAAUAUAAAACAUAUUUCAAGUCAAACAACCGAAAACAGAACUGAUACUAAGUUUAGUGUUAAAAUAUAUAUAUAUAUAUAUAUUUAUACUGUGUAUAUAAAAUUGUCUGAAUCUACCGUCCAGUAACAGCUGAUCAAGUCCAUCCAGUUAUCCAGGUGAAUGAAAUGCAUUCAGUGCAUUGUACUGAAUCCCUGAGAACGAGACUGCGGUCUUGGUCUGAUUCUGAAUACGCAUCUAUUCUGCACAAACCCGUCUGAAUCCAGUUCAGGUCACAUUUGUAGAAAUUUUAACAAAACUUUGUGCAUC